UCUCUUAAGAUUCUUCCAUGUGGCUACUUAAUUUUAAAAAUACACUUCUAUUAUAAGAAAAAAGCCACGUGAUAAAAUCUUAAGAGAGUGAUCUAAAGAAUAGCAUCAAAGGAACAACAUUUAAGUAUCGUAGUUAAGUCUUACUUUUUAUUUAUUUAUUUAUUUUUAUUUGUGUAAACAAAUCACUGUUACUCCCUCUUUCUCCUCCCAUAGACAGACCCACGCCUCUCAACCUCUCCCAAAAAGACUGGAUUAGCAGGAUAUUGAUUUUGGGAUUAGAGAGGGUUUUUAUUUUAGGACAUAGCUUUUGGGAUUGGAGAAGGGGCUGAAUUAUUGUAACACGCGUAGUACAUUAUGUAGUCUCCCUUAACAAUCGCCUUUAUAAAUGGGCUGGAGAACUUAUAACAAUGAGAUCAGUACGAGACAGCAAGCCUAAAACAUGGCUCUGGUUCAGAUAGAAGAAACCCCUAGAUGGAAGAAACUCUUGGGUUAUGUCGGACCUGGUUUUCUCGUUUCUGUCGCCUAUCUUGAUCCCGGAAACUUGGAAACAGAUCUACAAGCUGGUGCAGACCACAAAUUCGAGUUGCUAUGGAUCGUGCUUGUUGGGCUGAGCUUUGCUUUAACAAUCCAGUCUCGUUCGGCAAAUCUAGGAGUGGCUACAGGAAAGCAUCUUGCUGAGCACUGCAAGGCAGAGUACCCAACUUCAGUUAAUUACUGCCUGUGGAUACUUGCGGAGGUUGCUGUGAUAGCUGCGGAUAUCCCAGAAGUCGUAGGAACAGCAUUUGCUCUCCACAUACUCUUCAAAGUACCCAUAUGGAUUGGGGUCCUACUAGCUGGAUUGAAUACUCUUCUACUCCUUGGACUGCAACGAUAUGGUAUAAGGAAGCUGGAGGGUGUAAUUGGCUUGCUAGUGAUGGUACUAGGCUGUUGCUUCUUCACCGUGAUGGUACACGCUAAACCCAGUGCAGAGGAGAUCUUGACUGGCAUGUUUGUUCCCAAAUUGAAUGGGCCACGGGCCACCAGUGAUGCCAUUGCUCUUUUAGGAGCUCUCAUCAUGCCACACAAUCUUUUUCUCCACUCAGCACUGGUUAUAUCAAGAAAAAUCCCUCACACCUUAGAUGGCAUCAAGAGUGCAAGCAAGUGCUUUUUGAUAGAAAGUGGGUUAGCAUUGUUCCUAGCGUUCCUCAUCAAUGUGGCAGUCGUAUCUGUUAGUGGUAGCGUGUGUUCCAAUCCAAUUAUAUCUCCAGAAAACAAAGCUCAAUGCAAGAAUAUCACUCUGGAGUCUGCAGCUUCCUUGCUUAAGAAUGCCCUUGGAAAUUGGAGUUCGAAACUUUAUGCCAUAUCCUUGCUUGCUUCUGGUCAGAGUUCAACUGUCACCGGAACCUACGCUGGCCAGUACAUUAUGCAGGGUUUCUUAGAUUUGAAGAUAGAGCCCUGGUUGAGAAACUUAAUAACAAGGUGCAUAGCAAUUACUCCAAGUUUAGUGGUAUGCAUUAUAGGUGGAUCUCGGGGAGCUGCAAGCCUUAUCAUUAUUGCUUCUAUGGUCUUAUCAUUUGAACUACCAUUUGCAUUGGUUCCUCUCCUAAAGUUCACCAGCAGCGAAGCAAAGAUGGGUCCCCAUAAGAACUCAAUAACGGUAAGGCUUGUUUCAUGGCUUUUGGGGUGUUGCUCAAUUGGGAUCAACUUAUACUUCUUAAGUACGACUAUCAUAGGAAGGAUAACAAAUAAGCAGACCUCAAAAGCUGGAUCAAUCCUCGCAGGUGUACUAGCUCUUCCAGCAAUGGUGCUUUACGUCUCAUUAUUGACAUACUUGACAUUGAAAAGAGAGAAAUCUACUGAGAGCUCCCCUAAUAUGAUGAUGAGUACUAUUGAAACAAGAAGCUGAGACAAACGGUUGGCAAUUUGGAGAGCAGAAUAAGGGAGAUAGCUUACUACUAGUUGCAGACCUACACCUGCACAAUGCGUGUGAAUAAAUAAUUAUUUUAUGAUUAUGGUAUAAUGUAUAAUUUGUUCUCUAAAGUUUGUUGAAGAUAGUUUGUUCUCUCUAAAAAUUAAAUAUUUUAUAAAAUUAUUUUUCAUCUUUCUAUA